AUGCUCAACAUCAAUCGCCAGUUUGGCAAGUUCAUGAAGCGUUCGGCGGACGAGAGCCAGGUCUCUGUUCUGCUCAAGGACUUCGAUGAUGCCGAUAAGCUGCUCCAGAAGAUCAUCGAAUCGAGCAAAGCAUGGCGCGAUGCGUGGUCUUCGAUCUUCACCUACCAGGCUCGCCUUGUCCAGGAGUUCGAGCAGCUAUACAACCCUAUCGUUGGCGCAUCGGAGCCGUCGUCAGACCAUACCCCUGCGGUCGUCCCCGAACAUACCCUACACCGCGUGGUCCGAUUGAGAGAGGAGUAUGACUCUUUAAAGGCAGACCUGGUCGCCGAAGUGAGUGCGGUUGAUGACCGGAUUAUUCGGCCAGCCAUGGACGCAAGAGAGUAUCUGCAGCCGCUUAAGAAAGUGAUCAAGAAACGAGAGGAUAAAAAGCUGGAUUUUGAAAGAUAUCAGGGUCGAGUAGACUCCUCGAGGAAGAAGACGAAGCGCUCUGACAGAGACAAUGCUGCUCUAGCAAAGGCAGAGGCGGAUCUAUCCAAGGCUACGGAUGAUUAUAACGCUGCAGACGACCAUCUACGCUCUGUCCUCCCUGGGAUAAUAACAGCCACUUUUUCUAUCCUCCCUCAUCUUCUUGGUGCACAGAUUGAGAUUCAAAACACAUUGCUCGCUCUCUACUAUACCGUCCUUCACACAUACUGUGAAGAGCAACAGCUCCCAUCUCCACCGCCGCCAAUGGAGGAUAUCAUCCGGACAUUCGAAGAUGGGUUUCUCAGCGUGCAACGUGAGAUAGAAAGCUUCAAUUGUGUUGCCGGCGGUAAAACAGCCCGCCAGCCACGGACAUCUGGAGACCAAAGGAACGGGAACCACCCCUCUUCAAACGGUCGUCCAGUUAUCGGUGCCGGCGGUACGUUGCGCAAGCCGUCUACUUCGCCCAACUCGCUUUCUCGCCUACCCUCUGCUUCAUCCAUGGAUUCCCGUCCCCGAAUCGGCCGCUAUACAUCGUCAUCGCAGCUGGACAGCCAGUCUGCGUCGGAACAACCAGCACACGAGUCUCCAAAUAAUAACAAUAGCGUCCACCACCUUGCUCCUGCUCCUACACCUCCCCACAACACACCCCAUUAUAUUCCUCCAAUACCCACCAGUACGAAACCAACACAGGCCGCAGCCCCUUCGAUGGGCGGAAUAGCAUCUCUUGCAGCUGCGGCCGCAAAGAAGAAACCCCCACCUCCACCUCCACCACGGUCAGCUUCUUCCAGCCAGAUACAGUUUGUCACUGCACUCUACGACUUUGGCGGUCAAGGAGCUGGCGAUCUCGUCUUCAAGGAAGGCGACCGGAUCCGCGUCAUCAAGAAAACUGACAGUACAGAUGACUGGUGGCAGGGAGAACUACGUGGUGUCAGGGGAAGCUUCCCUGCAAACUACUGUUCUUGA